AUGGUACAAAAAAUAUUCUCUGUUGAAGUAACUGAAGCGCUGCCUGGAGAGGGACCUACUCGCCGUUCAAUUCUUUCACCCAAUCAACUCAUGAUUACACCUGCAAAGGAUGUAGAAACCCUAUACGACAUUUUGCAAUAUGCUUCAAAUACGUUCAAAACUCGCAAAGGUUUCGGCUAUCGUAAGCUGGAAGACACCAUCUCUACCACCAAAAAAGUGACAAAAGUUGUCAAUGGUGUCGAAACAACCCAAGACAAAACAUGGACUUAUUUUCAACUAAGUGGAUAUCAGUAUUACUCUUUUGAGGAAGCAUCCACAUUGACAAAGACGAUUGGCGCUGGUCUCGCUAAACUUGGCCUGAAGAAGGGCGAUAAGGUACAGAUUUCAGCUUCCACAAGUGUUGAAUGGAUGUUUAUGGCGCAUGGUGCUUUCACUCAGUCAUUGACCAUUGUUACUGCCUACGACACAUUGGGCCUAGAAGGUCUCCAGCACGCUAUCAAUGAGUCAGGGGCCACACUUUGCUUCAUGAACGAUGACCAACUGCCAAUUCUCCACAAGAUCCUUGCUCAAUGUCCAACAAUUGACUCGGUUAUUUACAGAGGACAGGCAAAACCUGAACAUGUCAAUCUUUUAAAGUCCAGCGCUCAGCUUAAACACAUUCUCUCGUACGAGGAAUUGGAGAAAUUGGGUCAGGAUAACCCAGUGGAGGUAGUGAAGCCAAGUGCUAGUGACCUUUGCUGCAUCAUGUAUACCAGUGGAAGUACAGGUAAUCCCAAGGGCGUCAUGCUCACACAUGGCAAUGUGGUAGCUGCCAUUGCGGGUGUCUGUCGUAUGCUGCAGCAUUUGCUGGAGCCCAACGACACCAUGAUGGCCUAUUUACCGCUUGCACAUGUCUUGGAAUUUCUGGUUGAAAACUUGUGUAUCUUUUUGGGCGUUACCUUGGGUUAUGGCUCCAUUCGUACGUUGACUGAUGUCUCUGUCAAGAACUGCUCAGGUGAUUUGCAGGAAUUUGGACCCACUAUUAUGACAGGUGUGCCUCAAGUCUGGGAAACCAUCAAGAAGACCGUGCUCACCAAGGUUGCUGAACGAGGCCCGCGUGUGGAAUCCAUCUUUGGUGGUGCUAUCAAAAUGAAGAAGUUUUUGAGUGAUUAUGGGCUGCCCACUAGUCUUUUGGACAAAGUUGUCUUUAAUAAUGUAAAGAAGCAAUUGGGCGGUCGUCUUCGCUACUGUUUGUCUGGCGGUGCUCCUGUAUCAGCAGAGACUCAACAAUUCUUGUCCUUGGCUGUGUGUCCUAUUUUGCAAGGUUACGGUAUGACUGAGAGUUGUGGAAUGUGCGCCAUCAUGGCACCUGAACAAUGGGCUCUUUGCGAAGUUGGAUCACCUGUUCCUUGUGUUGAAGUCAAAUUAGUGGAUCAACCAGAACUCGGAUAUACCUCAGCCAACACGCCUCGACCUCAAGGUGAAAUCUGGAUUCGUGGUCCUUCCAUUACAGCAGGCUACUACAAGCAAGAUGAUAUCACCAAAGAAGCAUUGACUGAAGAUGGAUGGCUCAAGACGGGCGAUGUUGGCGAAUGGACAGAGCGUGGCACGUUAAGUAUCAUUGACCGUGUCAAGAAUUUGGUCAAACUGAGCAACGGCGAGUAUAUUGCACUUGAGAAAUUGGAGAGCAUCUACAAGUCGUCUACUCUGGUCGAAAAUAUGUGUGUUUGCGCUGAAUCCUUGUACCCAAAACCCGUGGGCUUGUUGGUGCCUGUUGAGGGUCCGCUUAGAAAGUUCCUUGCUGAACAUGGCAUAGAGAAUGAAGAUUAUGCAGCACUCUGUGCCAGUAAAGAGGCUCGCAAGGCUGUAUUACAAGCGAUGCAAGAACAAGCAAAGAAGUCUGGACUGAGAGGCGCUGAAAUUAUUGCUGACGUUUGGAUUUGUAAGGACCUGUGGACACCUGAGAUGGGAUUAUUGACAGCUGCUCAAAAAUUGAAGCGUAAGGAUGUGAACAAGGCUUACGAGCAGGAAUUGAAAGACAUGUUUUCUGUCUUGAAAUAA